GGUCAACCCAAGUAGGAGGAGAGGGGCUGGAGACUGGAGAGGGAUUGAGUAGUGUCAGUGAGCCAUGUGUGUCCCCUGGGACUUCAGCCAGGCCCAGCUCCUGGACAGUAUCCUAGGGCUGGGGGCGCUAGGAGUGACGAUUCGAACAGUCUUCUCAACGGCUGGCCUAGCCCUGCUGCUCCUGUUGCUGUCCAGCUUCCUUGUUUUUGACCUGCUCCGUGGAUCCACAGGUCCCAACCUGCCACGGCACAGACUUCUCCCAACAGGUCAGAGCCAGGGGGCUGGUGAAGGGCCAGGACAGCAAGCAGCUCCCCUGUCCCCAACAGGGAGAGUCUCGGGACUGCUCAGACUCCAGGAUGCACUGCUCCUGCUGUUCCUGGGCCUCAGCCUGCUCUUGGGAGGCUCUGGUAUCCCCUUAGCCAUGCUGGGCCUAGCUUUCUGUAUCCAUCCGUGGGCCUGAGGGGCCUCCAAAAGAUGAAUGCCUUCUAAAAACA